UUGCUGACCUCGGCACAAGCACUUGGCCAGACAGAUGCCCAUGCCCGGAUCGGGACUAGUGUUGGUAUGGAUUCCCCGCGUAGAUCAUCGCCGAACGUCAUUAUACCUCACUUUAUUGAUCAACAAUUUUUCUCGCAUCUGUCAACCAAGCAACGAAAGCACACUCGCUCGAUUCGCGGAAAACACCCCCCUUCCUUCUCUUCCCGUCUUUACAACCAUCUCCCCCCGUUCCAACGUAAAACAAAAAGAUAUAUAAAACACCACCAACCCCCGAACCAAGAGAGAGGAAAAAAACAGCCCUGAGAGACAGGCCAACCUGCAAACCACGCAAAAAUGCCACCCCACCACUCCCAAUACAUCCUCAAGGUUACAGCGGGCCCAACCUACGCCUCCUCCACCAACACCACGAUCCCCGUGAACACCGAAACCCCCAUCCACAUCUCCUCGCCCCAUCUCGACGCCUCCCUCACAGUCCGCAUAAAAGACUACCGAGGUCUCCCAUCCUCCUCCCCCUCAACAUCGCCCUACUUCUCCGAUUCAGCGCACACUUACGACCGCUACUCCAUCUCGUUUUCGUUCACGCCCAAGGAAGACAUCGGCGGCGAUGACCUAGUCUUCGGCAACGACUUCGACCAUCCAAUCAGGGAUAGACUACCCCCGCUGUUCGACAAGGCAUUCGGGAUAGUGAAAUGGUGGAUCGAUCCCGGUCUCGAAGGCGACGUCCUCGCAGACGAACCGUACCUCUACGGCCCUUUACUCUCCAGCAUCAACGUCCUCUCCAUUCCCUCCGCUUCCCCCUCCGAGGCCGAGAAAAAGCAGGACGCUUUCCCCAUCUUCACGGAGUCUACAUCAGCGGAGGAGAGUGUGGCGAUACCGCAGACGUCGUCUGCGCGGCAGAAGUUCUUCCUCACACCGUCUAACCGUGAGCAAUUCGUGUUCAAGAAGGAUCAAGAGUACCACUGCGAUUUCUUCAACCCGUAUCUCGACUUCAAUGAGUUUGCGCUGAAGCUGGGCUACGGGAUGCCUGCGAUUGGAAUUCUAGGGAAUUGGGAUGGGCAGGAUCUGCGCCCCCACUCCCUUAGAUACGUGCUCAAGAACCGCUCCAGCGGACAGGAACUACUGGUUUUUGUCUUCACGCUUAUCCCGGUCAAGGAUGUUGAGGGUCAAGAUAAGAAUGAUGCCGCGGCUGCGGUGACGGAGGGGCAGAAGGAGGUUGAGGAUCUGGAUUAA